AUGGCUUACUCUGGCAAGUGGGAGACUGAAAGUCAGCAGGGAUAUGAUGACUUCUGCAAACUUGUUGGUAUCCCUGAUGAUGUGAUUGAGAGGGGUCGUGAUUACAAGCUUGUGACAGAGGUGGUUCAGAACGGUACUGAGUUCUCCUGGACUCAGCAUUACCCAGCCAACCACAGCCUCAUCAAUAAGUUUGUUAUUGGCAAGGAGUGCGACAUGGAGACCAUCGGGGGAAAGAAGUUUAAGGCAACCGUCACCAUGGAAGGAGACAAGCUCAGGACACAAUUUCCCAACUACGACCAUAAAGUCGAGAUCAGCGGCGGGAAGCUCAUUGAGACUUCCACGGCCACCACAGCUAAAGGUCCAGUUGUCUAUAUCCGAAUCAGCAAGAAAAUCUAAAUGCAUC